GAAAUUCAAGGUCGAUCAAGGAGUUAUCGAGCCGGUUCUCCCAUUACGACUUGAAAUUACACAAAAGCAGUCAUUUCACAUUCUCCUAUCUUGCCGGUUCGAGUGUAGCUCCGACCAACGUCAAAUUUUUUUUAAGAAUUAAAGAAUAUAAUCUACAGUAAAAAUGGUUUUAGCUCUUGAAAAGCCUGCUCCCAAAUUUAGUGGAACUGCUGUUGUCAAUGGACAAUUCAAAGAUAUAUCUUUGGAGUCUUACAAAGGAAAAUAUGUUGUUUUGUUUUUCUAUCCAUUAGAUUUUACAUUUGUGUGUCCAACUGAGAUUAUUGCUUUCUCCGAUCGCGCUGAUGAAUUCAAUGCAAUAAAUUGUCAAGUAAUUGCAGCUUCAUGUGAUAGUCAAUUCAGUCAUUUGGCUUGGGUUAAUACUCCACGUAAUGAAGGUGGUCUUGGUAAAAUGCAAAUUCCAAUUCUUGCUGAUAAAUCUGGUGCUAUUGCCAGAGAAUUUGGAAUUUAUAAUGAAAUCACAGGAAUUCCCUAUCGUGGUUUAUUCAUUAUUGAUGACAAAGGAAAUUUACGUCAAAUCACAGUUAAUGACUUACCAGUUGGUAGGUCAGUAGAUGAAACCCUCAGACUGGUUCAGGCUUUUCAAUUUACAGAUAAAAAUGGAGAAGUAUGUCCUGCUAAUUGGAGACCUGGUAGCAAAACAAUCAAUCCUGCUAAAUCUCAAGAGUAUUUCAAAACUGUUCAAUAAUUCAAUUGUGUGAAUUUUACAUUGCUAUUUCCUUAGGAUCUAGGAAUUUUUCAAUACUAUUUUUAUGUUGCUUUGUACUUGGUCUGGUUUAAUAAAUACUAUUUUAGCAAUAAGGUACUAUUAAAAGGUUUUUUAAUUUUAUGUAAUCAAAUUUUAUAAUUAUCAUAUUAUUUGUUAAAAUGAUUUAUUUAUGGCCAUAAUAAAUUUACUAUAAAAAAUGUUA